AUGGGCUGGCGGGCCGGCGGUGUUGCGACUGGCGACGGACUGGACGGCAAGGGCAUGGGCGGAGAUGCGGCAGACAGUGUUAUGUGGUCGCACUUUAUUGAUGCGGAGGGUCUGGCGCGCCCACUGACGGCUGGGCCGGUGCCUGAGCUGGUCCGCCCGCUGCGGGCUGCGCGGACGCUGACAGCGUUUGCGGCCGGAGUGGAGAGCGCCAUGGGUGCCGAGGGCAGGGCCGCAAGGCAGGAAGAACUCGGCAAGACGCUUGCGGCGCACAUCGAGGCGAUGGGCAUGCGGCCGUCGGCGAUGGUGUCUCUGGCUGCAGCGUCCGGGGUGGCAGCGGGCGCAGCGGCAGGUGCCGGCGGGCUCGAAUCCAAGGCCGGGCGCGAGCUGGCGACGGUCCGCUCGCUGCUCUCUGAGUUUUUCAACGACCAGAUCCGAGCGGUUUACGAGGCUGCAAGCCAGUGCGAGAGCACGCUUGCGCUCAUCCGUUCCUAUCCCGAGGGCGCGCCGCCGGAGCAGGUGGCGUACGAGGCGAGGAUGGCCAACGAGUUGGAGCUCGCGCUGGGCGAGCUUGAUCGGGCCAAAAGCGUGCUCGCGCAGUGCCGUGACGAGCAACUGGCAGCUCUGGCCGAGGACAACGGCGGAGCACAAGAGGCUCGUCAGGAUGGGCCUGGUGAGGGCGGUUUGGACGAUGCUGGGAAGGAGCCCGGUCUGGAUGCUGGCACGUUUCUUCUUUCGGCGCGACAGCAGGCGAGUCGCGUGCUUGUCUGGCUUGCAGGUGUGGUGUAA